AUGGGUGGCUUUUAUAUGCAAUAUCUUGAAAGCCUCUGCCGCCGUCGAGGAUGGACUGAUCCCGCCUACGAAUGCUACCAAGACCCCAGUGGCUACACCUGCCUCGUACUGGUCAACGGCCGCGAGUACCAGACCGAUUUGGCCUACCAGUCCAACGUCCUGGCCCAGGAAAACGCCGCCAUGCGCGCCUUCAUGGUCUGCCGCAACUUCUCUGUCAACGGAGGCAUGCUUGCCCGCAACGGCGUCGUCCAGGGCCUCCCUGCUACCCCGGACAGCAGCCGCCGCCGAAAGAGCCAGCAGAGCGCUGACCGCCACGGACGACGCUCCGGAAACCACUCCAGCAGCAGCUCGACCGCCUCGUUUGAGUAA